GUCAUGUGACUGUUCAUUUACACUCAGCUGGGAGUGCAAACGGCAAACUAGCUCUUGCGAACAUGGCAAUAUUCAGCGUGUACGUCGUCAAUAAAGCCGGUGGACUAAUUUACCAGUAUGACAACUAUGUUCCUAGAGCAGAAGCGGAGAAAACCUUCAGCUUCCCUCUGGAUUUGGUGUUGAAGAUCCACGACGAGAAAGUUGUCGUAUCUUUCGGUCAAAGAGAUGGCAUACGCGUGGGGCAUGCCGUCCUGUCCAUAAACGGUGUAGAUGUGAACGGGAAGUAUACGGCAGACGGCAAGGAGAUCAUCGAGUACCUGAAGGACCCUUCAAACUACCCGGUUUCGAUUCGUUUCGGCAGGGCUCGCCUGACGUCCAACGAGAAGCUGAUGUUGGCUUCAAUGUUUCAUUCGCUCUUUGCUAUUGGGUCACAAUUAUCACCCGAGGUUGGGAGUUCGGGGAUUGAAAUGCUGGAGACGGAUAGCUUUAAAUUGCACUGUUUUCAAACACUCACAGGUAUAAAGUUCAUAGUGCUGGCGGAUCCUCGACAAGCUGGCAUUGAUGCUCUCCUGCGAAAGAUCUAUGAGAUCUACUCUGACUAUGCUCUGAAGAACCCCUUCUACUCACUGGAGAUGCCCAUCAGAUGUGAGCUCUUCGACCAGAAUCUGAAGAGUGCUUUGGAGAUAGCUGAAAAGGCUGGCACUUUUGGGCCUGGGUCUUAAGAAGGAACAAAGCAUCACCUGAGUUUUGUAUGGAUACCUGGCAUAUGGAAGCCCAGUUUCUACAACAUGGGAGAUUUCCCAUGAUGCCCUUUGUACAAUGAGACAGUCAUUGAUCUUUCUGUGGCUGCAGUGGGAAGGAAGUGAGAUUAGGGGCUGUAUCAUUUGGUGACCAAAUUGUAUGUUGAAGGGUGCUUUAGCCAGUUAAAAUGUUACUGUACACAGCAAACCUAACAUGAUUAAGGAGAAAAAAUACAUAGUGUUUAGUAAUGUCCUGAUAUUUAAUAAUCAGCCAACCUUUUUAAAAUCACAUCAAACAUGUAAAUAUUUGAAUAUUGCAUACUUAGUUACUUAGCAAGUGUUCUGUAAAUAUGUAUUAUACAAAUGAACUGUUGUGACAUUUGGGUCAUUAAUGUCAUGUCAUUCUUAGAGGUGCAAAAAAUGAUGGCCCAAUUGCAGGAUACUCAAAAGUGGGAAUAUUAUUAGCAUUAGGUUACUGUUUAGUAAAGUGGAAGUAUUUAGUAAAGUGGAUCAAUUCAAAUCAAUUCACCUCACCACCAAUGUGGUUAGAACUUGAACAACUAUCAUGCAAUCCAGUACAACUGCCCCAUUUGCCUUUUAUUGGGGUUUCUGUAAAGAAAUUAAAAUUCCUAAACAACCCUUGAAUUUCCUCCACUAUGGAGGCCUGGCUCAAGAUCCAUCAAAUGUACAACCUAGAGUUCAAGUUAGACUUGUCCACCCCUAUAUGGCACAACUCUAACUUCAUUGUCAACCUAAGAACCUAUUUACGUUCCACUACGGUCCUCAAAAGGUAUUGAAAUGCUUGGACAACCUUUUCAAAACAACCAGUUCUUCCUCUUUUCACAGUUAGCCCAGAGAUAUUCCCUCCCCAUUAGUCAGUCAUUUCAAUAUAUUCAACUCUGUCAGUCAAUUAAAUCCAUAUAUCCCCUUCGAAUAGAAUUAUCUCAUACGUCACCUAUAACAAUUGACUCACUCCAAAAUAUAACAGGGCAGAGGAAGCCUGUCUCAAAAAUCCAUAAACAUCUCUCAAUUGAUACUGCGGUAUGUGUUCCACGUGAGAAAUGGGCUGCUGACCUCAUGUUUGACAUCUCACCUGAAUUUUGGACCACUGAAGCGUUCCUCUAGCCCUAGAACACUAUUUAGUACAAGGUCUUACACAGAGCUCAUUACACCCAAAGGACACUGCAUUUCAUGGGCAUACCUGACUCUGAAAUUUGCCAACAUUGUUCAACUGUAUCACCUGACCAUGUUUUGGCCUAUUUUGGACACAGAUUAUGUCUUUACUUUACCUGGCAUCACUGGUCUCUAUUUACCCCUUGAUCCAACAUUAUGUCUCCUUGGAAAUUUUAACAAUCUGCAGAUUGCCAAGAGUGCACCACAGAGAAGAUAAUUCUACUUUUGUUGGUCAUUGCAAAAAAAGGUUUUCUUAACAAACUGGAAAAAUAAAACCAAAAUAUAUUUGGCACUUAAUGUUUGAUCAUUACCAAAUGGAAAAAUUAUGACUGUCAGAAAAAAAAUCCAGUUUUCCCUACAAACCUGGAAGCCAUUUAUUGCUUACUAUAAUCUAUAUUAAUCAUAUAACUGAUAUUUCUCACUCUUUGUAGUCAGGAGUGCUGCUACUCGCAUACAUGUAUGCACUGACAUGCACUUUGCGUUCACUCUCGGUGACACACAAAUGCAUGCAUGUGUGUGCGCACACACACACACACCCUG